GAUGCGUGAACACGCGCCUUGAAGGGGAGGCGCCGAUUGGGCAAUCGUUUUGUUUGUGAGAACGCACUUAUCAUAGCCCGCUUUGUUUAUGUUUAGCACAGCGUUGGCUUGAUCUACCGUUACUGGUAGGAAAAAUGCUGCCAGCGCUCGUGUCAGCGCGACACAUCGGAAGCAGCGUGGUGAGCGCCAGUCUUGCCGCUGGCGCUGUGCGCUGCUCCAAAGCAUUCGGGGCUAUAGUCGCUACUGGUGCAAGCGACGUUAGUCCAGCGGGCGAGGUGCACCCGGCAUCAGUGCCACACCCAGCAGCAUCGGCCACGCCGGUGUGCGGUUCGGGUUGCGAGCUAGUUAUUGAUGCAGGCUGCUCCCCGCACGAUAGCCAUCCAGCUGUGGCUGGCCCCAGACUUUCAUCUUUACAGAGCCCCACCACCACCACCACCACCACCUCCACCUUAUCUCUUCAACGUCGCCUGCACCAGCUUCGGCACCCGCACCCGCACCAGCACCAGCACCAGCAGCACCGACACUUGGCAACAGCGGCCGCCGCUGCUGCUGUGGGCUCAGGGUCCGGGACCCCCAGGCUGACGGUCGGGCCACGAAGGCUGUCUCCUGAGGCCGAUCAAUUCCAGCGGCACUGGUACGGCGAGGUGAACACAGGCAUGGGUCGCAGCGCGGCGGCACCGGCCUCAGCGGAGGAGCAGGCGGCCUUGCACGCCAAGCAGUCGCAGGCAAUUCGGCUGUUGGUGGGCUGGCUGCGGGAGCGCCGAGCCACUGCUGACGCCGCCGCUGCUACUGCUGUGGGCGGCCACGGGCAGGCGGGCCCGAGCCGCAGCACGUACGACAUCGAUUGGCGGCAGGCGAAACGGGCUAUGCAGGUCAUCCGCGACCUGGAGUACGCCCGGCCCGACAAGCGGCGGCGCUGGCAGCAGCACCAGCGCAACGGCGGCGGGCGGCAGGCGGAGGCGGCGGAGGCGGCGGCGGUGACGGGCGGCAGCGGCCACCUCAGCCUGGAUGAAAUGAUUGAGGCGGUGGAGAUGCUGGCUGCUGACGCGCCCUCCAUGGGCUUCGCGCUCCUCGACCAAAACUACGAGCUCCUGCUGGACAUGUACGUUCAAAAGGCGGAGGCUGCGGAGGGCGAGGCGGGCGAGGCGGUCCGGUCGGGGCUGGCGGCGCGAGCGGCGGCGGUGCAGCAGCAGAUGACGCAGCAGUUGGUCCGGGUGACGCCGGCGGCCCUGGGCAGCCUACUCACCUGCCUGGCCCUCAGCGGCGGCGGCGGCGGCGAUGGUGGCAGGGGCGGCGGCAGGGGCGGCGGCGGCGGCAGCGGUGGCGGAGGGCGCAUGAGCGCCGCGGAGCGGCUGGCGGCGGGCGUGAGGCUGGUGGACGCGCACCUGCCUGUGCUGACCGCCUCGGCGGGUGGCGGCGGCGGCGGCGGCGGGUUGUCGGCACUGGCGGCGCCGCGGCUGCGUGAGCGGCUGGAGGACCUCAUGGUGACAGCGCUGGAGCAGCGUGACUGGGCCGCCUACGCCAAGCUGCGCUCCGUGCUGCUCAGCCGUGCCCGCGAGCCGCCGCCGCGCCGAGUGCUGGCAGCGGCGCUGGCGGCGGCGGCAGCCACCAACGGGGAUGGCGAUGGCGGCGGCGGCGGCGGCGGCGGCGACGGCCCGGUGGCGGCGGCGGCGGAGCUGGGGCAGGGAGGUGUUGGCGGCGGCGGCGGCGGCAGUGGCGGCGGCGCGGGCGGAUGGCGGGUGGCGGCGGCGCGGGAUCAGGCGGCUGAUGCGCUGGAGCUGUUGGAGGCACGCCACGCGCUCGCAAUGGCACACCGCCAGCGCGAGCAGCAGCAGCAGCAGCAGCAGCAGCAGUCAGCGGACGGUGACAGGAGGAGGCUGGCGGCGGCAAGGUGGCGGGAGCAGGCGGAGGAGGCGCUGCUGGACGCGGAGGAGCGGGGGCUGGUGGCGGUGCUGGGCGCGGCGGCGGCGGCGGCGGAUGACGCCCUGGCGGACCGGGCGUACGAGCGGCUGCGCUGGACGGCGGCGUGGCGGCUGCAGGUGCAGGCGGCGGCGGCGGCGGCGGCGGGUGACAAGGCGGCGGGCGACAAGGCGGCGGCACUUGGCGCGGCCGCAAUCGACGCGGCGAUCCCGCCCUCGGCCACCCUGGCUGUGCUGGGUCUGGCGGCUCGGCGGGGCGACUGGCGGCGGGCGGUGGCGGCGGUGGCGGCGCUGGCGGAGCUGGACCAGGCCCGCAAGCGCUACGCCGGCUCGGGCGCCCCAUCUGCUCAGCAGGCGGCGCGGCGGGCGGCGGGCGGGCGGGCAGCCAUGGAGGCGGCCGUGUCGGCGUACGGCGGGCUGGGGCCGCUGUCGGAGCAGCUGAUUGCGAGUGAAGCCGCCACUGUCGCCUACUACUCCGAGCUGCUGCGGCGUGUGGCGGACGCGGCGGCGGACGGCGGCGCCGCGGCGCCCUUCGCCGGCUCCGCGGUUCCCUUCGGCCCCCCGCUGCGCGCGGCGGCGGCCCGGCGCGACCUGACCUCCGUGGCCGGCCUCAUCAAGCAGAUGCGCGAGUUGGGCUGUGUGCCCACCGCCGACUCCUACGCCGCAGUCAUUGACGCCAGCUACCGGGCUGGCAAGCCGGAGCGGGUGCCUGGGCUGCUGGCGCUGAUGGCGGAGGAGGGGCUGAGCCCCUCGGCCGCCGUGUGGGAGCUGCAGCUGAGGGCGGCCGCGGAUCUGCCCGACGGCGACCCCAGCGGCGGCCUGGCGGGGGUGGCGCAGCGGGCGCUGGCGGAGGCGGAGCCGGAGCGGGAGGGCGCGCGGGGCGUGGUGGCCAUCAGCGGCCAGGUGCUUGAGGAGCUGCGCUCUCUGGCCCAGAGCCGCGGCGACGGCCGGGCGGCGGCGCUGCUGGGUCGGCUGGUGGAGGUGCAGGAGGAGGUGCGCCGCGCCUGGAGGGAGGCCAAGCGGGAGGCGGCGUGGCGGGCGGCAACGGAGCGGGAGGCGGGGCGGUGGGCGGCGCGGGAGAGGCGCGAGCAGCGGGAGCAGCGGGGGUAGGAGAGGGAGUAGGGGGGAGCGGGGGUAGUAGAGGAGGGAUAGGCGGGAGCGGCGCGGCGGGGAGAGGGAGAAGCGGCGUGGGGCAGAGACGGGCAGAGUCGGGGGUAGGUGUGAUGGGACAGGGUAAGGGGCAGGUUGGCGUGGUCCUGUGGUUUGCGGCGUGGUCUCAGACUUCUCACAUUCGAGUUGCGACGUCGAGGCAUGGGCGCGUGGCGCUGGUAUGACGCCGGCGGAGUAGGGCGGAGUUAAGGGCGGGUGUGCGAUGGGACAGUGGUAAGGCAAGUUGGUAAAGUCCCGUAGGGUGCAGCUGAUUCCGGGUGUCUGAUGAAGGGGACAGAAUGUAGGUGGGCCAGGUGGCAUAUUGGUUACAAGAGGGACCUGCUGACCCAGUUCACAAUCCAGUGCCGUGGAAAAGGGACGGGGGCAAGUUGCUGUGAUGGAGGGGGGGCACGUGGUGACGACACGGCAGGCGGCAGGCAGGGCACCGACAGGAUGGCAGGGGGAGUGUCAAUGCGGAUGGGCGCUCGCCUCUAGGGAUGCGUCAGCAAUUGAAAUGGAGGUAAACGUGCUGAUAGGGUAAGGGCGUUUGUAUGUAUGCCAAGUGCAAAUCUAAGCAAUCAAGGAAAGGAACCCGCCCGUCCAAAGCUUUAUCCCUGUCGGACGCCUGCGCCGCAAACCCGUUCGCGGCAGGCGGGAUGGGCGGGAUGGCCGAUGCGGUUUGCUACUUUGCUUUGCCAGCAGUGCCAGGCGCCGUCACCAAUCAAGUACACGUGCAGCUGCCCAGACGGCGCCCUGAUGCCGUGGUUUCAGGCCAGCUCCGGAAUCGGCG